AUGGCUUAUAAAUAUGAUGAUAAUGAACCUGUGCGAUUGACGUUUUCUGAUUUUGAAGGAGACUCUGAAUAUGAGUCAGAGUCAGAAGAUGACUCUGAAUCUGAAGUCGAGUCUGAUUUUGAAUAUGAGUCAGAAUCUGAAGGUUCUGAAGAAGAGUCAGAAUAUGAGGGUUCUAAAGAUGAGUCAGAGUUAGAAGAUGACUCUAAAGAUAAAGAUGAGUCAGACUCUGAAAGUGACUAUGAAGAUGAAGAAGACUCUGAAGGCGAGUCUGAUUCUGAAGGUGAAUUUGAUUCUGAUCCAGAUUCUGAUGAUGAUCCAGAAUCUGGAGGUAAUCAAAUCUUUGAAGGUGGAGCCUUUAAAGGUGGUCCAACUUCUGAGGACGGUCAAGCAUCCGAUAAUGUUCUAGAAUUAGAAGGGGAUUCUAAACAAGUUUAG